AUGUCAGCACUCGUAUCAAUGUGAAUAACAUUUUGUAGCGAAAUAACAUACUGCAGUUUGCCGUAAUCACUCCAAGUACUUGAACAUAUUAAUAUGCGGUGGUGUUGAUAACAGUAAGAGGUGUAAAACACUUUUUACACGUUCACGAUUCGAAUUGAUAUUUACGUAUUCGCCAUUAAUCAAUAAAAUCCCAUUCAUUGUAUAACAUUUUGUUGAUGUUUUAUUAUCAAUGCCUGACGUAAAAGAAAUCCAAGCACAAGACUCCACACGAAAAUAUGGCCCGAAGGCGACGUUGGCACAAUGUUUGGCUACAAUAGCGCAGAGUUUUCUGUUCAUUGGAUUGGGCAUGAACCUAUCGAUAUCUGCGAUAGUCAUUCGCGACUUGUAUCGAAAUCCAAAUAGUGAAUUCUCAAUAACUAUCACUGAGGCCUCGUGGUAUGGAAGCCUGUUGUUCAUAAUCCACCCGGUCGGAUGUCUACUGUCGGGGAUCCUGCAAGAUAAGUUCGGGAAGAAACGCUGUAUGAUACUCGCAAACGUACCCAGUAUCUGCGGAUGGGUGCUGCUGUACUCGGCACACUCGUCGGUGUUAUUGUGCGCGUCGACCUUACUGAUGGGAUUCAGCACGGGAUUCGGCGCCGGAUCCACCUCGUCGUACGUCGGGGAGAUAUCGGAACCUAGGCUCAGAGGAUCUCUGGGUUCGCUGGGAAGCACGGCGAUGAGAAUAGGCACGUUACUCAUGUACAUCCUGGGACUGUUUUUCGACUGGAGGACCGUGGCACUGCUCAGCACGUUCUGUCCCAUUAUAUGCAUAUGUUUCGUCAUUUUCAUCCCGGAGUCACCCAUUUGGUUGAUCGCCAAAGGCCGAAAUGAUAAGGCCAAAAAGGCCAUGUGUUGGUUGAGGGGAUGGGUGGAACCUGAAAAAAUUAACCCCGAAUUUCUCGAACUGGUUCAUUACAAUCAAGUAUCUGGAACACAAGGUGGCAAAAUUGAUACGGACGAAAAUAAUAAGAAGUUUCUUUCGAAUUUAGCACAGUUCAAAAACCCGGCGGUCUAUAGACCACUGAGAUUGAUGAUGAUUAUUUUCUUCGUAUCUUUCGUAGUCAGCAUUUUCCCUACCAGACCAUUUAUCACCAAAAUAAUGAAAGAAGUUGGUUUAUUCGAAAACCAAAACGAAUCAUUGGUCCUCCUGACAGGCUUGACGAGCAUCGGGUGCAUCAUAGCGACUGCGACUGUUCAUCGAACUGGGAAAAGAUUAUUGACCCUGUUGACGUUAUCGAUAAACACUGUUUUAUUGUUAUCUUUUGGUGCAUACAUUAUUUCAGUCAAGGCAGAAUAUUUUUCAUCGUCUCCUUUGAUUUCCUUGACAUUUCUGUGCAGCAUUUACUUUAUCGGCUCAUGCGGAAUUUCGUGCAUUCCCUGGAUGAUACUCAUUGAAGUUUUUCCCAACAAAAGCCGAGGAGUUGCUACAUCUGCAUCGUCGGGAUUGGCCUAUAUCAUAUUAUUCACACUAACAAAAUCAUACUUAAUAGUUGAAAUGUAUUUAAGUCUGGAGUACACUAUGAUUCUCUUUGGUUGUGUUGGCGUUUUUGGUUUGAUCUAUUUCUAUUUUUAUUUCCCGGAAACUGAAAAUAAAACAUUAUUAGAAAUUGAAGAAUUUUUUUCAAGUAUGGAUAUAAUUAGUGUUACGAGAGACCUUAUAGUAUUGUAUUACCCACCACCAUCAAUGUCCAAUAAAAUUGACAUCGACGGGGACAAUGCUGCCAAAAUCUAUGGCGCGAAGUCGACAUUGGCACAAGUGUGCGCCACCGUAGCACAGAGUUUCUUAUUAGUGGGAUUGGGCAUGGAAUUAACGAUGUCAACGAUUGUAAUUCAAGAUUUGUAUAACAACCCAAAAAGUGAAUUCUCAUUGACAACGGAGCAAGUAUCGUGGUACGGAAGUAUAUUAUUUGUAUUUCAUCCGACCGGGAGUUUUCUAUCGGGAUUCCUGCAGGAAAGAUUCGGAAGGAAACGGUGCAUGGUUUUAGCCAACGUGCCCAGUAUUUUUGGAUGGAUAAUGCUAUACUACACACACUCAGUGGUUUCACUUUACGCGUCCACCGUGCUGAUGGGCUUGAGCAUAGGAUUCAGUGAAGCCCCCAUAUUGUCAUACGUCGGUGAAAUAACCGAACCUAGACACAGGGGAACGAUGGCUUCGUUGGCGACAACAGCGGGCAUGAUAGGCAUGUUGUUGAUUUACAUUUUGGGAUAUUUUUUCGAAUGGAGAAUCGUCGCAUUGCUGAGCACGCUUUGUCCAAUUACGUGCAUAUGCCUCGUUAUGUUGAUCCCGGAGUCUCCGUUAUGGUUGAUCGCCAAUGGGAAAAACGAAAAGGCUAAAAAGUCCCUGUGUUGGUUAAGAGGAUGGGUGAAACCCGAAAUGGUCAAAGCCGAACUCCUAGAACUCAUUCGUUAUAAUGAAGUGUCUGGAACUCGAAAUGGCAAAGCCAACAUUGAAAAAAGCAAUAUAUCUUCGAAAUUAGCCCAACUCAUGGAUCCGUCCGUUUACAGACCGUUCAGAUUAGUGAUGAUUGUUUUUUUUAUUUCCUACAUAGUCUGCCUUUUACCCAGCAAACCGUAUUUUAGCCAAAUAAUGAAUGAAGUUGGUUUAUCCGAAGAUCGAAAUUUGUUGUUUGUUAUUUUCGCUGUUCUACAAAACAUCGGAUGCAUAAUACUAGUUUUAUCCGUCAAACACCUGGGAAAAAGAUUUUUGGCUGUAAUGUCGGUUUCGAUAAAUACUAUUUUUCUAAUUUUAUUCGGUCUAUACAUCAUGGCAUUGAAAAAUGGUUACACCGAAUCAACUCCUUGGAUUCCCACAAUGAUAUUAAGCGGAAUUUCCUUGUUCGGAACUUCUAUCAGCACUUUACCUUGGAUGUUAGUUAGCGAAAUCUUUCCUAACAAAAGCCGAGGAGUUGCAUCUGGAUCAUGUGCAGCCUUAUCAUACUUAUUAAUGUUCAUACUAACAAAAUCAUAUUUGAUAGUUGAAAUUAAUUUAACCUUGGAGUACACUAUGCUUCUAUUUGGUAGCAUUGGGAUUUUUGGAUUGGUCUACUUAUAUUUUUACUUGCCAGAAACUGAAAAAAAAACGCUAUUAGAAAUCGAAGAAUAUUUCAAAUGAAAUCUACAUAUUAUAGCGUUUUAUAAUUAAUUAAUUGUUUUUGUGUUAUAAUUAUAAUAUAUUUGAGAUUAAAAAAAAUAGUCUAUAUAUGUAUGUAUAAAAAUGUACCUAAAGUAAGAUCAAAUUGUAUAUUUGUAAAUUAUUGAGUUUAUAGUUUUUUUACUUAAAUAUGCACGGCAAUUUGAUUGCAGAACAAAUCUUAGGUAAAUGGACGCAGUACUCAGCAUGUAUAAUUUUUCUUAUUUUUUUUUUGUAAUUUGUAAGAUAUAUGCUAAUUUUAAAUUGGAGUUAUCAGUCACCUCGAAAUGCGCAUCGGUUUGGGUGUGACUCUCUUCGGAGGAAAAUCAAAGCUGUGUUAACCAGCUACAGGAUUAGCGUGAAUGUCUAGGUUUAUUAUUAAUCAUACAAAAAGGUAAUUUUUUAAUGAACGUUUAAUCUGAGGUCAAUUAAAAUUAUUUAAUAUUACUCAGACAGCAUCACAAGGCUUUCAUUACUCUCCAAAAAGU